AAUUUUUUAAGACUACAUUUUUUUCGGUUUUUUCGGGUGAACAUAAAAUUUUAUAAAAAAAUAAUAUUUCAGAAAGAAAUAAUUUCCAAUAUUAAUUAUUUAUUUUUAUAGAAAUAUUAAAAAAAAAAAUAAAAAACAGGGAAAAUAAUAUUUAAAAAACUACAUGAAAAUGACAGCAAAAUGUAAUAUAGCAAUAAUUAUCAUUAAUAAACAUUUUGUAAUAUUGAAAAAACCAUAAUACAAAAGCAAAAACAAAAGUGGAACAAUCUGUGAAAAAAUAUUCAAAAAACACAUACAACAUAGGUUCAGGCACAACACCUGAACAAGAAAACAAAAAGGGCAUUGCUAAUGAAAGCAAUUUUAUAUUUAGCGCGAUUUUAGACAAAGCAAGCUAAAUAAAAAGUUAAAAAAUUAAAAGAUUGUUUUAAAAUUAAAAUUAAAUUUUAAAUAUAUACUUAUAUUAAUAUAUUCUACAAGGAAAUUAUUCAAAAAAGGAAAAACAAACUUACUAUUAUUAAAAAUUUAUAACAAAACACAUACAAGGCAAAACAAAACUUUUGAACACUUAAAAUUCAAAAACUAAUCACUACAAAAAAACACGAAAUAUAUAAUAUUAAUAUGAAAAUUUUUAAAAAUUAUGUACAAAAAUAAAAAUAAAAAAAAAAACAAAAUAAAGAUGUGAUUUUUAAUUUAAAGUUAUUAAAAAUUAAAAAAAAAAGUUAAAUAAAAUUCCAAAUAUAGUUACCGAAAUUUCUAUGUCUAGUAGAUUUCAAAUGAAAUUAAGUUACAAAAUUUAAUUUAAUUUAAUUUUAAUGAAAAAAGUCAUAAAUUAUAAUAAAAUAAAAAAUCAUUUAAAAAAAAAAAAACAAAAAUUAUAAUUUAAUAAUUUAGAUAAAGUAUUUAAAUAUUAUAAAUUUAAAAAAUAAGAAAUUAGAUAAUAAUAACAUAGAAAAUAUGUAUGGUAAAUCGAAAAAUUCAACAGUUCCCUCGGACGCACAGGCCAGAGAAAAACUUGCGCUGUAUGUAUAUGAAUAUUUAUUACAUGUUGGAGCUCAAAAAGCAGCACAGACAUUUUUGUCAGAGAUUCGAUGGGAAAAAAAUAUUACAUUGGGUGAGCCGCCUGGAUUUCUGCACACAUGGUGGUGUGUUUUUUGGGAUCUAUAUUGUGCAGCGCCAGAAAGACGUGACCAGUGCGACCAUUCAUCAGAAGCCAAAGCUUUUCAUGAUUAUGGUUUUGUUAGUUCAGGUCAUAAUUUCAAUGGCAUUGGAGCACAUAACGCCGGCCCAGCACCAAGCCCCCUUGGACAAUUACCACCAAAUGAAGGAAUGCCAGGCGGUCCAAUGGCACCAAAUUUCUUUCCAAAUUCCGCUAUGCGGCCAUCACCACCAACCCAUCCACCCAGUCAGCAGUCCCCACAUCCACAGCCUCCACCUUCACAAAUGAUGCCUGGUCAGCCAUUUAUGGGAGCACCGAGAUAUCCAUCAGGUCCAAGACCAAAUGUUAGAAUGCCACAAGGAAUGGGUAGCGAUUUUAAUGGGCCACCUGGUCAACCGAUGAUGCCAAAUAGCAUGGAUCCUACAAGACAAGGGGGUCCACCUGGAAUGGGCCCAAUGAAUCCACGAAUGAAUCCACCACGUGGUCCUGGUAUGGGACCAAUGGGACCUGGUUCAUAUGGUCCUGGUGGAAUGCGUGGGCCUCCACCAAAUAGUAGUUUAGCACCUGGUGGUCCCGGUAUGCCACCUGGAAUGGGAAUGGGUGGUAGUAGACCACAAUGGCAACCGAACACGUCAACACCAAUGAACUAUUCAUCAUCAUCUCCUGGGAAUUAUGGUGGCCCUCCUGGUUCUAGUGGACCACCUGGCCCUGGUACGCCAAUAAUGCCAUCACCUCAGGAUUCAUCUAAUUCGGGAGGAGAAAAUAUGUACACAUUAAUGAAACCAGUUUCUGGUGGUAAUAUGGGUGGGGAAUUUCCAAUGGGUGGAGGACCAGAUAGUGGUCCAAUGGGACCUAUGGGACCCAACACAAUGGGACCUGUCAUUAAUGGUGAUGGUUUAGACGGAAUGAAAAAUUCACCUGCUAAUGGUGGACCAGGUACACCAAGAGAAGAUUCUGGUAGCGGUAUGGGUGAUUAUAAUUUAGGUGGUUUUGGAGGUCCAGGCGAAAAUGAUCAGACGGAAUCAGCGGCAAUUCUCAAAAUAAAAGAAAGUAUGCAGGAAGAAGCGAAACGUUUCGAAAAAGAUUCUGAUCAUCCAGAUUAUUAUAUGCAAUAACAUCUUUUUCAUAAAGGUUGAACGCAAAAAAAAAACACAAAAAAAGAGAAAAAAAACAAAAACAAAAAAAAGGAUAACAUCCAUUAUAUUUCAUACCCAGUCUCCUCAACACCCAUCCUCCCCCGCCACCGUUUUACAUAUUUUACAUAUUAAUCAAUAAAAACACAAAAAAAAAAACAAAAGAAAAAAAAAGUAUUUAUGUAUAUGUAAAUUUAUGCUAUAUAUAUUUCAUUGUGUAAUUGUAAAUUAAGAAAUUAAUAAAACAAAAACAAAUGUAGUCGAUAAAAAAAAAAUUAUUGAUUACAUAAUAAAAAAUCUUAUAUAAUUAGAUGGCUUAUUUCGAAAGUGUUCCUAAGUCCAUAUUUUAAUUAAAAAUUAAAUAUUGCUACUCUAUUUUGGGUUUAAAGUAACUAAAACUGUUCGUAUAAACUGGUUAUUUGCUUUAUAUAGAAUAUCUGAUUUUUCUAUCCGACACAACAUAAGUUUUAUUGCCAACUAUAUUGAUGUUACCAUAUUUACUUUGAAAAUAAGAAAGAGUUUUAAAAUUACAAAUGGAUAAACUUAGGUCACACUGUUCAAAUAAACCCAUCCAAUUAUAAUAAAAUUAUAUUUGUUUUUUCUGUGAGCGUUUAAUUAUUUUUUUUUCAAUUUGUUUCACAUCAUACAUGUAUAUGAAAUCUAUAAAAACUCAUAAAUAUUUAUAUAAUAUGAAAAAUUAAAACUUAAGAUUUAUAAAUAUUAUAAAGUUCCAUAUUAUUGGACAUAUCAGAAAAAAGAAGUAAAAAUUAAAAAAAAAAUCUUUGAAAAUUUUAACUGAUUUGAGCAAACAUCAGACAAUUUAAGCAAACAAAUGUCACUAAAGUUUGACGAUUAAACUGUUUUUUUGUUCUUUUUUCGUGUUUAGAAACAAACAAAAAAUUUACAUGAAGUACUGAGAAUAAAUUUGAAAUAGUUGUAGUAAAUUAGAAAAGUUUUUAGAGUUAAGAAAAAAUUACCAAUCGUAAAAGUUAAAUUUACGAUUGGUAAUUUUUUCAUAUUUGUUACAUGACCAAAUUGGCAGUAAGUCACCUUAAUUUUAAAAAUUGUGCUAAAUCAGUAGUUAAUUUUCAAAAAUACUUCCUAAAUAUUUCUUACUAAUAUUAACACACACCGCGUGUACAUGGCAAAAAUGUUUUUUUUUCUAGCAUUUUUAUAAUAAAUAUUUAUAAAAAUUUCUUGCGUCUAAAAAUAAAAUCGUCAAACUUUGCUUGAUUUUGUAAGCAAUUUUAAAAAAAGAAAUAAUUAUGUAAACGUAAAUAAAAUAUUUCCAGUUCUCUUUAUGUAUUUUCUAUAUAUUUUUGUAUAUUAAGUUGGGUGUAAUGCGUGUGAUUUUCACAGGGCAAAAUAAAAAAUUUCAAAUUAAAUCCGUUCCUCAUUAUUUUUUUCUGUUAAAAAUUAAUUUAAAUUAAUUUUGUUAUUUUCUUAUUUUAACAGCGAAAAUAAAAGCUCAAAAUAUAGGUACUAUCCAUAUUGUACAAUUUAUACAAAAAACUACAUAAAUACAUACAUACAUAUAUAAUUAUAUGUAUAUUAUAUAUAUUAAUUAAUUAAUUUAAUAUAUGUAUCAAUUAAUUAAUUUAGUAUAUUAACUAAUUUUUAAUAGUUUUAUUCUAUACAUUUGUUCGUUUUUUUUCUUCCCUGUGCACGUUUUCAAAAAUUGUUAACUUCAACUUACAUAAUGUUAUUAUACUAUUUGUAUAUUGUAAUUUUAUAUUAAAAUAUAAUUAUUCAUUAAAAAAUUUAAUAAAUGAAUAAUUGAAAAAAAUGGUAUAUAAAAACAAUAAAUAAAUAAAAAAAAGUAAGGAAUAAAGAAAAUAUACGUAGGUGUAAUCGAUAAUGUAAAAUGUGCGUUAAAUUCCUUUUUUACAUCUUGCUCGAUAUUGCAGUUAACAUAAGCCCAUUAUAACUUUUAAUGAGAACAGGUUUGUGUCAUUUAUAGUGUAAAUCGAUAAUGCAAAAAACAAAUAAAUGUCACGUAAUUAAUAAUGGCACAUAAUCAUAUUUUAAAUUUUUUUCCCAUUUUUUUAAUAAAAAUAAAUUUCAAUUGCUAAUUUUUUUACCGUAAAGUGCAAAAUUUUGAAGAGGAUAAAUUCCACUUUAUUUAUUUAAGUUUAGAGUUCUAGAAAUAUUCAAAUCAAAAAUAAAUUUUGAAACAGUUAUCAACCGGUUGUAUGCGAAAAUUGUACGUAUACGGAGGUUGAUGAUAUGUAAGUUUUUACAAGCAUAAAGUCACUGAUUGCCGUUUGGUUGGUUUUUGGUGACCGCCAGAUACAAUUUCAGAUCGACCAGCAUUUCAUAUUUUCGAUUACACCUAAUUUAUGGUGUCAGAGUAAACAAAUAUUUUUGUUCGAAACAAAUUCCAAAAACUUAAAAAAAAAUAUGAAAACAAAUGAAUAACAUAAUAAAAAAGUCUUAAAAACAGUUAAUUUAAAAAAUAAAAAAUAAUAAUUAUAACCCCGCAAAAAAUAUAGAAGAUAUUUAUUUUUAAUGUGUAAAAAUAAAAUAUAAAAAAUAAAACGCAAAAAUUAAAUAAGUAAUAAAAACAGAAAUUAAAUAAGCAUUACUACAAAUUAAUUUUAAAAAUUAAAUAAAAAAAAAAGAGAAAAAAAUCAAUAAAAAGUAGGCAAUUUUUAAGUAAAAAAACUUUUGUGCUAUUAUUUCAAACUAAUGCAAAUGUGAUUCGAAGUGGUUGCUUUUAUGGUCGCCAAAAAUUAGCGAAUGAAUAGUAGUC